AGCUCCUAUAGCCCGCCUCGGUACAUUUCUCUUCUGCUGUGCUUCUAUUGAAUACUGUAAUUAUGGCACAGAGCUCUCCUGCGGUCCAGCCGCCUCUGCGAAUCGGUACCAGACGAUCAAACUUGGCUAUUGUCCAAGCCGAGGGUAUUCGUGAUAGCCUGCAGAGGAUUGCACCAAAUCGUUCCUAUGAGAUUGAAACACUCCACACUCUUGGUGACAAAGACAAGUCUACAGCCCUCUACAACUUCGGCGCAAAGAGCCUGUGGACCAGCGAGUUGGAAGAAAAGCUUACCUCUGGUCAAUUGGAUGUCAUCGUCCAUUGUUUGAAAGAUAUGCCAACCACACUCCCCGAGUCGUGUGAGCUUGCGACAAUCACUCUCCGCGAUGAUCCGCGUGAUGCGUUAAUUAUCAAGGCCGGUCUGCCGUACACCAGUUUACAGACGCUCCCUGAAGGCGCAGUCGUUGGCACUUCGUCAGUGCGGCGCUCGGCGCAGCUUCUCCGUCUCUAUCCCCAUCUGCGCUUUGCCAAUCUGCGUGGCAACGUUGAGACCCGCUUGGCCAAGGUCGACGAUCCAGAGAGUGAGUAUACCUGUAUGAUCAUGUCUGCCGCUGGCCUGGAGCGCAUUGGUCUCAAGGGUCGCAUCAACCAGUACCUGGGCUCCAAAGAUGGUGGCAUCUUCCACGCUGUCGGCCAGGGCGCACUUGGCUUGGAAACUCGCAAGGGAGACAGCAGUACCCAAGAGUUGCUUAAUAAGCUGGUCGAUGAAAAGUCUACUCUCGCCUGUCUGGCCGAGCGGGCCCUCCUGCGGACCCUUGAAGGUGGUUGCAGUGUCCCAAUUGGCGUCGAGACGGAGUGGGUCGAUCAAUCACAAUAUCUUCUGAGAAUGCGCGCUAUCGUGGUCAGCCUCGACGGCACCCAAAGCGUUCAAGACACCAUUGAUGCCACAGUGCGGACCAACGAUGAAGCGACUGCAUUUGGGAAAGAGCUAGCGGCAAGGCUCGUAACAGCUGGCGCGGAUGCGAUUUUGAAAGAUAUCAACACUAAUCGGCCCUCGAAGGACUGAUGAUUAGAGUAUUAUUUACAUGUAGCCUUGUCUGGAAUACUCCUCCACUCUGAACAUUCGGAAAAUAGACUUCUUUGUUCACCUUCGCUCUCCGAAACUUGGCCUGUGCUUGCCGUCAUCCCGACUUGGAGCGGGUUUAUUUAACCGUGGUAUUCCACCUUGUAACAGGGUCAUUUUACUGCGGCUAUAUCAUAGCUAGUGAUCAUGGGCCACAAAGCAAUAUAAAUGCAAGUACCAGGGGAGCACGGUGACGCGGACGAGGUACUGGCAGACCGGAGAAGACGGAAUGCGAACUGUGAACUGCGAUCGACUCGUUUGUAUUUAUUAAUAAAUAUUCUUUUUGCAUCCGACCAUCAUCCGCUGAACAAACUAAUAUCAUGGAGCAUAUUCCUUUGA